UUGUCAUAAGAACACAUAUGAAUUUCCAUGAUUACAACGUGUAAAAAAGAACAUGCGCAGAAAGAACGGGAACUCCUUGCCUAGUAACAUUUAGUAAGUAAUGACAUAUUCAUUUGACGGGUUUUUGUUUGUGUUUCUGCCGGAAUGAUAUUGUUAACAAAAAUGAUAUUUAUAUGGAUUUUAUUGUUAUUUGCUUGUCAUGAAGUAAAAAAUGUUGAAGUAGAUCCAUCGAAAACAAUAAUUUGGGGCCCAGGAUUAAAACCGGACAAAGUAACGAUGCGAGCAAGAUAUAUUUUUCUUCAGUUUGUUGAUACAGAAGGAAAAAAUUUAACAGAAUCACCUGGAGAAGAUAUGAUCAAUGUUUCUAUACAAGGCCAAAGUUCAACAGGUCAUGCAUGUCAUAUAUGGACACAAAUUUUAGAUUGCAAAGAUGGAAAUUUUAUUAUUCGUUAUAAAUUACAUAAUACAUGUUUCAAUUUAAAAUUGAAGAUAGGAUUAAAACAACGUAAUUUACCUAUUUUAUCAUUGGAAGCUAAAGAACCUGCUUAUGAAGAAGAAUGUUAUUGUCCAAAUCCAGAUAUUGAUAACUGGUUGGAAAACUUUGAAUGUACAAAGAAUUAUACACAAAUACACAAUGAUCUUGCUGACUUUAUAGAUGUGGAUUUUGACAAAAUACGUAAAGAUAUUGUCAAAGCAUAUGAUCGACCUGGAAGCAUCAGUCUUUGUCAUUAUGUAGUUAAAUCUAAUAAAAUUUUCAGGGAAUGUCAUGGUCAACAUGUAGGCUUCAAAAUAUUUAUGGAUUCCAUUUUGUUAUCUAUUACACGAAAAGUUAUUUUGCCAGACAUUGAAUUCUUUGUGAACUUGGGAGAUUGGCCACUUGUUGCAAAAAAUGGCAAGAAUUAUCCUAUCUUUUCUUGGUGUGGCUCAUAUGACACAAAAGAUAUUGUUAUGCCCACUUAUGAUAUCACAGAGUCAUCAUUAGAAGCAAUGGGAAGGGUAAUGUUAGAUAUAUUAUCUGUACAAGGUAAUACAGAUACACCAUGGGAAAAAAAGAUAGAUAAAUUAUUCUGGCGUGGACGUGAUUCGUGCAGGGAAAGACUUGAUUUAAUCGAUAUUUCAAGAAAAUAUCCUGACCUGUUUAAUGUCUCGAUUACAAACUUCUUUUUCUUUAAAGGUGAAAUGGAUAAAUAUGGCCCUGGCCAAAGUCAUGUAUCUUUUUUCAAUUUUUUUAAGUACAAGUAUCAGUUAAAUAUCGAUGGUACAGUAGCCGCAUAUCGAUUUCCAUAUCUGCUUGCUGGGGAUGCUUUAGUAUUAAAACAAGAAUCAAAGUAUUAUGAAUUUUUUUACAAUGAUCUUGUGUCUGGAAAACAUUAUAUACCAGUCAAAAGCGAUUUGUCAGAUUUGGUUGAACAAAUUGUAUGGGCUAAAAAUCAUGAUGAAGAAGCACUACAGGUUAUCAAAUCUGCUAGACAGUUUGUAAGAGACAAUUUGCUGCCACAUAAUAUAUUAUGUUAUCAUGUAGCUUUGUUUUAUGAAUGGAGUAAACGCUUGAAAAGUGAAGUUAAGAUACUAGAUAAUAUGGAAGAAGUGCUGCAGCCUAAACAUUCUUGUAAAUGUUACGAUAAUAAUAGGAACCUAAAAGAAGAGCUUUAGUGUUCCUAAUAUCGUAAUUGCAACUCAAGUUUAAAAUUAUACAUAUUGAUAAAAUCUUUUUCUACUUUUUAUUGUUUACUUUUGUCAAAUAAAAUUCACGAUCAAAAUCUAUAUUUUAUACAUAUUAGUACCCAUACAUGUAAAACAAAAGAUAGUAUUUUUUAAAGUAAAAUACAAAAAAUAUAUCAGUUGUUAACAUACUUUUUCAAGGGUUAGAUAAGGGUUAGAUUGUAAAUCCAUAAAAUUUUUAAUGGUAAUAAAAAAAAAUAUAAAAUUAAGUAAGUAAAUAUAAAAUUAAUUCUAAGGCAGACGUAUACAUUGGAAGCUAUAAAUAGGUAAUGUAUGUUGAAUCUUGUUUCAUACACUUUAUUUCGGUGUAACAGAUAUGUUUAUGCUGCAUUGUGCACACCGAAAUUCCCAAGCUACACAGAUUUUUAAAUGAUGCAUAAGUUUAUGUAUUAAAAUUAAAUAAUAAAAAUGCACAGUUUGCAUCAUACAUCUCUAUAAAUAUGGAACCGCAAAUGCAUGAAACUGAAACUGUAAUAUUACAAUAAAAUAGUUUAUGAUAAUA